AUGAAGCUGAUGGGUUUCCGACAUCUAUUCAUUCACUGGAUCCAAACCUGCAUCACUACACCAUCAUUUACCAUUUCCAUCAAUAGAGAGUUCAAUAGUUUCUUUAACAGUGUCAAGGGGUUGAGACAAGGUGACCCCUUGUCUCCAUUUCUUUUUGUGAUUGUUAUGCAGGUUUUCUUAUUGCUCCUGAACAAGUGCACAACUAGCAUGCCAUUUAAACAUCACUGGAGGUGCAAGGAAUUGAAGCUCACUCACCUUAUAUUUGCUGACGACCUUAUGGUCUUCUCACAUGCAAGCAUUCCAUCCCUCAUAACAAUCAAGCAUGCUAGCGACUCAUUCUCUUCACUCUUUGGAUUAUACAUCAACCAUAGCAAAAGUCAGUGUUUCAUUACAGGUGUUAAUGAGCAAAUGCAAAGCAGUAUAUUUUCUCUACUUGGAUUUCAGGAAGGGACAUUACCUGUGAAAUAUCUUGGAGUUCCAUUGAUCACCUCCAUGUUGAAAGCAAAUGAUUGCAGACUAUAUUGGAGCCCAAACUUCAUCUUGCCAAUGAGCAUCAUUAAUGAAAUGAACAGCAUUUUUAGGUCAUUUCUCUGGUCUGGACCUUCAUUAAAGAAGACAGGUUCCAAGGUGGCAUGGGAUCUCUACUGCCUUUCUAAAAGGGCUGGUGGUCUUGGCAUCUCCAACCUUGCUCUUUGGAAUGAGGGAAGAAACAUUUGGGAAGUUAAAGUGCCUAGUCAAUGCUCUUGGAGUUGGAGAAGGCUAUUAUCUCUUAGAACAGCUAUUAAGCCCCUUGUCAAACUUGAAAUUGGCAAUGGAACAAGUGCCAAUUUCUGGUUUGACAACUGGUGCAGCCUUGGCCCUCUUUACCUCCUUGUCUCCUCACAACAGUUAAGUGAUUCUUCCAUCAACACUAAAACAAAACUGUCCUCCUUUAUAUCCAACUCCAUGUGCAACUCAGGAUUCUACAACAGCUCAACCUCAAAGCUCGCUCUGGCUGCUCUGGUCUACAACAUAUGGAUGGAGCGCAAUAGAAUCAUCUUUCAGAGGAAGUUUCAGUAUCAAAACACUCUGCUACAUCAAACAUUGGACAUAAUCAGGAUGAAACUCAUCUCCUCUGCAGUCACGGACUCUCCAUCUACAAGGCGUGUCAACGAGGAAUGGGACCUUCCUUCUUCAAUUAUUCGGCCGCCGGCCAAACCUCCUGACCGAAUUUGA